CGCUGCCCCGUGUCUCCAGAAGGAGCCGCAUUCGUUACCACCUCCGCUUUGGGUUACUAAAUGGUUUUCUGGGGGAGGAUUUCUAACCGGCGAGAUGCUGCUCGUACUCCUGCUGGCAGCCUUUUCUUCUUCCAUCUCCGGCACCCUCUCCUCCUCCCUCUCCUCCUCCUCCUCAUCAGACGGAUACCCGAUGGCAGACCCUUCCACGUCCGACUUGACGGCAGAGACCUGCAGCGCCUGCUCCUGCAUGUCAGUGGAAAACGUGCUGUAUGUCAACUGCGAAAAGAUCACUGUUUACCGACCCACGCAGCUCAUCCCACCGGCCUCGUCUUUAUACCAUCUGAACUUCCAGAACAACCUCUUAAUUAUACUCUACCCCAACUCUUUUCUCAACUUCACCCAUGCCGUCUCACUGCAGCUGGGGAACAACAAACUGCAAAACAUUGAAGGCGGUGCAUUUGUGGGACUGAGUGCAUUGAAACAACUGCACCUGAACAAUAAUGAGUUGAAGGUGCUGCGAGCAGACACAUUCCUUGGGAUAGAAAACUUGGAGUACCUUCAAGCUGACUACAACUUGAUAAAAUACAUUGAGAAGGGAGCAUUCAACAAGCUGCACAAGCUAAAAGUGCUCAUCCUGAAUGAUAAUCUCAUACAGGCCCUCCCUGACAACAUAUUUCGCUUUGCCUCGCUCACACACCUGGAUAUAAGGGGGAACAGGAUCCAGAAGCUUCCUUAUUUAGGGGUUCUGGAGCACAUAGGGCGCAUUGUGGAGCUGCAGUUGGAUGACAACCCAUGGAAUUGUACCUGUGACUUGGCACCUCUCAAGGCGUGGCUUGAAAACAUGCCCUAUAAUAUUUUUAUUGGUGAGGCCAUCUGUGAAACACCGAGUGACUUGUAUGGGAGGCUUCUCAAAGAAACCAACAAACAGGAACUUUGUCCUUUGGGAACAGGGAGUGACUUUGAUGUGAGGAUGCCUCCCGCACAGCCUGAAAAUGGGCAGUCGCCUUCUAACAUGUCCCCUACCACUAUGGCCCCCAUAGCCACAAAAGCGCCAAAAACGACUGACCCUUCUAAGAUAUAUGGUAAUGGUAUUGUGGCUGGUUUACCCCCCUUUGGUAGGAAUAGUCAGAUUGUCUCCUUUCAGACACGGACCCCUCCACUGUCGUGUCCACAGCCCUGCACCUGUAAAGCCCACCCCUCUGACUUUGGCAUUAGCGUCAGUUGUCAGGAGAGAAAUAUUAAGAAUCUAGCCGAUCUUAUCCCCAAACCCCCGAAUGCAAAGAAACUCCACCUGAGUGGAAAUUACAUCCGUGACAUAAGCCCGGCCGAUUUCCAAGGUUUUGAGGGCUUAGAUUUGCUACACCUUGGCAGCAAUCAAAUUGUCACAGUCCAGAAAGGCGUGUUCGCUAACCUCACCAACCUGAGAAGACUGUAUUUGAAUGGAAACCAGCUUGAACAGUUACACCCAGAGAUGUUUUUGGGCCUCACAAAUCUUCAGUACCUAUAUUUGGAAUACAAUGCCAUAAAGGAAAUUCUAGCGGGCACGUUCGAUGCCAUGCCUAACCUCCAACUCCUGUAUCUCAAUAACAAUGUGCUGCGGAGUCUCCCUGCCUACAUAUUUGCGGGUGUCUCCUUGGCCAGACUGAAUCUGAAAAACAACCACUUCAUGACCCUGCCAGUCAGUGGUGUCUUGGACCAGCUGCGGUCAUUGACCCAGAUAGACCUAGAGGGGAACCCAUGGGAGUGCUCUUGCGAUCUGGUCGCCCUCAAACUCUGGCUAGAGAAGUUAAGUGAUGGAGUGGCUGCCAAGGAGGUGAAAUGUGCCUCCCCAGUGCAGUUCUCCAACAUUGAGCUACGCCUCCUGAAAAAUGAGAUCCUUUGUCCUAAGCUUAUUGCCAGACCCCCGUUUAUUCUCACUAGCGCCACCCCUGUUUUGACCUCAGUGUCGCCAGCCGGAGUUGGCAAAGCUCCACCGGGAGGCCCAGUGCCUCUCUCCAUCAUGAUCCUCAGCAUCCUUGUAGUCCUUAUCCUCACUGUGUUUGUGGCCUUCUGCCUUCUAGUCUUUGUCCUGAGGCGGAAUAAAAAGCCAGUGGGGAGGCAGGAGGGGCUGGGGAACCAGGAGUGCGGCUCCAUGUCGCUGCAGCUGCGCCGACACAGCCACAAGUCUGGCAAAAAAGGCUCAGUCCCUGGGGACGACUUGGGCGGAGAGACGUUCAUCCCCCAGACCAUCGAGCACAUUGGCAAGAGCCACACCUGCGGGAUUGGACGCUCCUCAGAUGCGGAUGCCGGGUUCAAGUUCGCCGACUCGCAGAGGCAAAAGAUUAUCCUCCGAAACAGCGCCGACAAGGAUAAAGACUCGCUCGCCACACUGGAGCGCAACAAGCGCCUCAGCACCAUUGACGAGCUCGAGGAGUUCCUCCCAGGCCGCGAGUCCAACCUGUUUAUCCAGAACUUCCUCGACAGCAAAAGAGAUUUCAACAGUAUAGGGAUGGGCGGGUUUGAAAUCCGCUACCCCGAGAAACCACUGGAUAAAAAGAUGAAGAAGUCUUCACUGAUAGGCGGGAACCACAGUAAGAUCGUGGUGGAGCAGAGAAAAAGUGAGUAUUACGAGCUGAAAGCCAAGCUCCAAGGAACGCCUGAUUACCUGCAGGUGCUCGAAGAGCAGACUGCACUGAGUAAAAUGUAGGGAUUGUUGUGUUUGAUUUAGUGCAUUGAUUACCAACACACACACACACACACACACACACACACACACACACACACAAAAGUUAGACACACAGACAGCCAAACACAUCUCCCUUUCUCUCUUUUUCUCUCUCUCUUUCUCUGCCCCUCGAGCCACCCACACACCCCUGCCAUUCAUCCCCCAUCUCUUUCGUUUUCUUAUCUAUCUAUCUCACUCUAGUCGUACACACACAUUCAUACACACACACACACACACACAGAGCAAAAAGUGCCUUCUGGAAAUCCUUAAUGACCAAUGCAGAGAUGGACAAAAUGGCUCCACACUACAAAGCUAUUACUAGAAUCAGCGUGGAUGUAUUUCAUAGUAAAAGACAUUUGGAUUAUCCAUGCCAUUAUCACUACAUGUAUGAAUCCCACAUACAUACCACAGGACACCCUUAAAAAACAACCAGACAGUCAUAGUAUUUUUUGCUGCUAUUGAAAUGGGUACUUAUCUUUUUUUUGUUGUUGUUGUUCUUUUUCUCCUCCUUUUGUUUUUCUAACCAAAUCUAAGGGUCUUGAAAACAGUGCUUGAGAGUAUACCUCGCCGUCUUGAACCCUCAUGCAAAAGGAGGGGAGCGUUGGUUGUUUUCUUUUGCUCUGGAAGUAUCCUAAAUCACUACUUCUGGGAUGAGAUUAACAGUUAUCAGAGUGGGUGACUCGGUGGAUUGCUCCUUUCGUUUUUUGAUUUUGCGGGGGAAAUGUGUUCGUUCUUGGGGAAGCUCUCUGGAGUCGGCUGUGGACUCUAUGCCAUCUUGUCUGGAUUAUACGUGUACCUGCUCUUUGCUGGGGGUGUACAGGGAAGCUACACUUAAGGCUCCUGUUUUCCACACAAGGGAUAAGGCACUUCGAAACUCUUGGGAAUGAUUUCAUGACUUGUUUUCUUUGUGUAAAGAGCCAUGUUAAAUAUAGUGUCUUCUGAAUGGAGUUGUGUUUCUCUUCAAUUGCUACUUACUGUAUGUUUUGGGUGAAAUAUAACGGCACAUACACUGUCAGAGGACAUUGUUUCUGAAAAAAGAAAACCCAAGAAAAAAAAUUACAAGCUGCUUGCCAUGUAAGCGUAACCUGGAAUUUAUUUUGUAAGUCUUACAUUAUUUGUAUCUGUGGGACUGGUUUGUAAAUUACAAGGAAAGACAAACACACUUACACACACAUACACGCACGCACGCACGCACACACACACGCAAACACAACCGAGCGUCAUCAUCCAGAGACUACAACCCGGAAUUGUCAAUCAAACUGCAAAUAUAAUUCAAUCAGUGAUCCACCCCCUUGUCAGCUAUCGAUUCGUAGUAAAAAAAGAAAAAAAAAAGAAAAAAAAAGAAAAAAGGAAGAAAAUUUAACAACAUAAUUAAUUUAUUUUUCUAUGCAGGAUUAUUUAAAGAGUUAUUGGUACUAUUUAAAAAAUAAUACGUAAAAAAAAAAAAUGAAAAGGACUUGAUAGAAUGAUGCAUCAAUGCUAAUUCAGGCCCAGCCAUACCAGGCCACCAGAAGUGACUGUUCAGUUGAUUCAAGGGUUUUUGUUUCUCUCAGUUUAUUGAAGAACUUCUACCCACUGGCUUCGAUCAACCGGGGUUGUGAAAAGUGAUCAUGUGACGUUUCCACUAUUGUGUCGCAUGACAAAGCUGAGGCCUGAUAAAGUUUGUGAAGUUUAAAGCAGUUUCCUUAUUCUUAUAUCUCCCACAGUAUCUUGUAAAAGGUUUCUUAUUAACAUUAUGCAACCAAAAUAAAUGUGCAUUAAACUUGAUAUGGUUCUGGACUGUUGAUAUGGGAAUGGAAGCAUUCACAGGGUGAGAGGAAAAUGCGAAAGGAAAGAGUACAAAUUUUGAGAGAGUGGCUAUCCGUUGUGUCUGAGACUGGACAGAAUCAUAUCAUAAAACACCAUGUGCAAUAUUAGUAAAAACGCUCAGUCAUGAUGGCUUAAAAUCAUUUGUUUAAUUUAUUUAGUUUGAGGUUAUAUUGUCAAGACAAGUUCUAUUUCAAAAUUCUUUUAUCAACUUAACUCUAUCCGGUCCUUAUUUAAAAAGUAUUGUUAAGUUAAAA